CAUUAACACAAGCAGCAGCGCUGGGGGAGCCGGGGAGCAGCAAUAAGGCUCAGCAGCGAAGUGGGGCUCAACUACUAACCCGGGAACGGGGGAGGGAAAGAAGUGAGUGCGGGAAAUCAUCCAGUGGUAGCGUCCAAGGGUGCCAUGGAACUGCUGUGCUGCGAGGGGGACACUGUCCGCAGGGCUCAGCCUGACCCGGCGCUGCUGCUGGAUGACAGGGUCCUGCACAAUCUGCUCACCGUGGAGGAGAGGUACCUGCCCCAGUGCUCCUACUUCAAAUGUGUCCAGAAGGACAUCCAGCCCUUCAUGAGGAGGAUGGUGGCCACAUGGAUGCUGGAGGUUUGCGAAGAACAGAGGUGCGAGGAAGAAGUGUUCCCCAUGGCCAUGAAUUAUUUGGAUAGAUUUUUAGCAGUGAUCCCCACCAGAAAGUGCCAUUUACAACUCCUUGGAGCUGUCUGCAUGUUCUUAGCUUCCAAGCUGAAAGAGACUAUCCCUUUAACUGCAGAGAAACUUUGCAUUUAUACUGACAAUUCUAUCAAACCACAAGAGCUGCUGGAGUGGGAGCUGGUGGUUCUGGGGAAGUUGAAGUGGAACCUGGCCGCUGUGACGCCACACGAUUUCAUAGAACACAUACUAAGAAAGUUGCCCUUGCCUAAAGACAAAUUACUCUUGAUCCGGAAACAUGCACAAACAUUCAUUGCUCUUUGUGCUACAGACUUUAACUUUGCAAUGUACCCACCAUCUAUGAUAGCAACUGGAAGUGUAGGAGCGGCGAUAUGUGGGCUGCAGUUGGAUGUUGGAGAAACCUCUCUUUCUGGCGAUAGUCUCACAGAGCAUUUGGCCAAGAUCACUAGCACAGAUGUGGAUUGCCUUAAAGCUUGUCAAGAGCAGAUUGAGUCGGUGCUGGUGAGCAGCCUCAGACAGACCAGGCAGCAGACACAGCAAAGAAACUCGUCCAAGUCUGUGGAUGAACUGGACCAGGCUAGCACUCCUACAGAUGUGCAGGACAUCAACCUGUGAGGAGUCCCCUACCCCCCGCGUUGAAAGAGCCUUUAGCGUUCUUUAUUCUAUUUUUUUUUUUUUUAGAACAAAACUGUUUCUAUCUGUUCCCAAUUAGAGAAAUGAUUUUGGUGCCUGCAAUGUCCUGUAGAAGGGAAACCCACCAUUUAUCUGAUUGUUGUCCUAUGAUUAUAUUUUGUCCAAUUGUAAGUGCUUAUGGAAGCAUAAGGGGGACAUUUGUAAAGCCUGCUCUUGUGGUUUUAACGAAAAGAAACGCAGGUCUGUUAUUAUUAUCGUUAAUGUUAUUAUUUCUCAGUACAGUGUAGUCUCCUUAGAAUUAGGAGAGAAAAUGCAUGUAUAUGCAUUUUCACAAUGAUUAUUAUUUUGAAUUAGAGUACAAAGGCAAUAGACUAAUGGAUUCUAGCCAAGAAAGUAACGAUCUCCAAGAUUUCCACCCUUCUUUCAAGAUGAUUUGGGAUCUACUUUUUUGUUAUGUUAAGAGGUGCUUUUCUGGAUCUUUUCAUUAGUUCUGUUUUCUCUUGCUGUGUCUGGUAGCUGCUACCGAAGAAAAAGAUGCUUUUUUUUUUUAUUUUUUUAAUCUUUUUGCAAGCCUAAGGCAGGUUCUAGUCUUUAAUUCGUUUUGACAAUAUUGUUUUUAUUUGCUUUCUGAGUUCCUUGCUUUUCUUCCAAAUUGCUUGGUUUCCAGGGACUUAAAAAAAUAGAUGGGAUUCUACUUUAUCAACUGUGGACCAAACCAAAAUAAGGAGUGUGUGUUUAUAGGGGGGUUAAAGUGAAAAUAUACCCAGUUUUAAGCAUUGGUAUCCUUGAUCCUUGUAUUUUCUUUUACAUACGACAGCGUAGCUGUAGCUCGUGCUGUUCCCAGAACAGUCCUUCUCUUUACAGGUGUAUUAAAGGGGACAUAUACCCGAACAUCUAAAUUAAAGAAGAACCUCAUAACCACUAUGUUGGGUACUAAAGUAGGAGUACCCUGACAUCUUCCUUUCUCAUUGUG